AUGACCAAUGUCCACCCAGAAUUUCACACCCUGUCGACCAAAGCCCCGCGACAGAGCCCGCGGAGUUGGAACCACGAGGACAUAGCACAACAGCACCAGAACAUUAUACAACAGCACGAGGACAUAGCACAACAGCACCAGAACAUUAUACAACAGCACGAGGACAUACACGAGGACAUAGCACAACAGCACCAGAACAUUAUACAACAGCACGAGGACAUAGCACAACAGCACGAGGACAUAGCACAACAGCACCAGAACAUUAUACAACAGCACGAGGACAUAGCACAACACCACCAGAAUAUUAUACAACAGCACGAGGACAUAGCACAACAGCACCAGAACAUUAUACAACAACACGAGGACAUAGCAAAACAGCACCAGAACAUUAUAGAACACCACGAGGACAUAGCACAACAGCACCAGAACAUUAUACAACAGCACCAUAACAUUAUACAACAGCACGAGGACAUAGCACAACAGCACCAGAACAAUAUACAACAGCACGAGGACAUACACGAGGACAUAGCACAACAGCACCAGAACAUUUUACAACAGCACCAGAACAUUAUACAACAGCACGAGGACAUAGCACAACAGCACCAGAACAUUAUACAACAGCACGAGGACAUAGCAAAACAGCACCAAAACAUUAUACAACAGCACGAGGACAUAGCACAACAGCACCAGAACAUUUUACAACAGCACGAGGACAUAGCACAACAGCACCAGAACAUUAUACAACAGCACGAGGACAUAGCACAACAGCACCAAAACAUUAUACAACAGCACGAGGACAUAGCACAACAGCACCAGAACAUUAUACAACAGCACGAGGACAUAGCACAACAGCACCAGAACAUUAUACAACAGCACGAGGACAUAGCACAACACCACCAGAAUAUUAUACAACAGCACGAGGACAUAGCACAACAGCACCAGAACAUUAUACAACAGCACGAGGACAUACACCAGAACAUUAUACAACAGCACGAGGACAUAGCACAACAGCACCAGAACAUUAUACAACAACACGAGGACAUAGCACAACAACACCAGAACAUUAUACAACAACACCAGAACAUUAUACAACAGCACGAGGACAUAGCACAACAGCACCAGAACAUUAUACAACAGCACGAGGACAUAGCACAACAGCACCAGAACUUUAUACAACAGCACGAGGACAUAGCACAACAGCACCAGAACAUUUUACAACAGCACGAGGACAUAGCACAACAGCACCAGAACAUUAUACAACAGCACGAGGACAUAGCACAACAGCACCAGAACAUUAUACAACAGCAUGAGGACAUAGCACAACAGCACCAGAACAUUAUACAACAGCACGAGGACAUAGCACAACAGCACCAGAACAUUAUACAACAGCACGAGGACAUAGCACAACACCACCAGAAUAUUAUACAACAGCACGAGGACAUAGCACAACAGCACCAGAACAUUAUACAACAGCACGAGGACAUAGCACAACAGCACCAGAACAUUAUACAACAGAAGCCCCUUUCCGGGCAGAGGGAGGGUCGGCCCGGGCCGGGGCGCGUGUAG